AUGAACUUAAAAAAGUGUCUGAACCUGCCCUCUACUGCUCGCAGACUCUUUCAGGAGGAGGGGAAGGAGCUUUUCCUCCUCACUGGACUACAGAGAGAUCAGCUGGUGUACGUGUCGUGUGGGGAGCAGUGGGUGAACCCUAAGGAGCAGCAGUUAGCGGCCCAGAGACGCCGCACAGUGCUGGGGCUGGAGCAGGACAUAGCACACAUACAGUACUACUGUGCACUCAGGAACUGCUUCCAGGACCUCGUCCUUGAUGUUGAGGGAGGACAGCCCCAGGAGGGCUCGGCACUGGUGGUCUCGCCUCAGCACCUCGCCCUUGAAGACCCAGCCGCUGAGGAGGAGAGGGAGAGCACCCCCUCUCCAGAGCAGGAGGAGGAGGAGGAGGUGCAGGAGGUGCAGGAGAAGAAGGCCUGCCUUGACCCCUCCUCACACCACCACACCCCAGGAGACGACGCGCACUCGAGAGCUCACCAGAGAGCCGACGAGCGGGCGGCAAAGCGCCGAUUUCCAUGGCAACAGAGCUCCGAGGCAUGCUCAGAAGGGGAGAACGACCCGGCUAAUGGAGAUGCAUGUUUUAGGACAGACAAAAGCAGGGUUGCUGCUGUCAACAAGCGGCAGCAGUUUGAGUGGAGGGAGGGGCAGCUGCAGGUGUGUGGUGGAGCGGGUGGAGGAGGGGCCGUCGACCACACAGGAACCCCAGUCCACCUGCUGCCCAGGAACCCAUCAGACCCUCACCAGCUCUGGGUCUACAGAGAGGAGGAAAGGACACUCCACCUACAGGCUGACCCCAGUUUGGUGUUGGCAGUGUCCAUACCCCGGACCACCCACUCACAUCGACCUACCACCACUCCUGUAGCCUGGUCUGUCGUCGUACAGCCUUAUAGGCCCCAGAGCUCUGCAGCUGCCCAUCAGAGGUGGGGUUGGCAGCCAGAGUGGAGGCUGCUGUGGGCCUUCUACACAGACGCCCUGGAGCAGGAGCUAACGGCCGCCCGCCUGGCCUCCGUCUGCACCGCCUGCAUAGGCCCACAGCCCCUGCUACAGCAGGGCUACUACUUCACUAUCUCUGGAAAGAGGGAGAGGGUGGAGGUGUGUGUCAGCUGUGCCACGGAGAUGAGAGGGAGGUUCCACUUGAAGAAGCUGCCCCCAAACUCAGCCUUUCGCUGUGCCACAGCCAAUCAGAGUCCACACCUGAACCCGAGGGGACCAUUCAGGAGCCUGAGAGUGUGUGAGACGGAUCUGAGUGCCGAGGCUGCAGACGCGACUCUGUGUCUCCUCCUGGAGCGUGUCGAGCGUCUGAGGAGGGAAGGCUCAGGGCAGACACAGACAGAGACGCCCACACACACUCAGGCCUCCUCGCAGGCGCACGCGCAGACACAGGGCCGGUCCCCAGGGGGCAGCAGCGUGCAGCCGCCCGUGAAGGUCCAGGCCCACAGGAACGGGCAGAGAAGACAAGAGGCCCAGCUGAUCACCGCAGCUACAAUGCCACUGCUGCUGACAGAGGCUACCAGGCGUCUGGGUCUCCAGCGGGCUGCCCAGUACCUCUACGCAGCUGACGGUACUCGCAUCCUCACCAUGCAGCAGCUGAAGGCCUGGGCCCUCAACCAGAGACUGCAGGAGGAGCACCACCACACCAGCACAGACACACACAUCAGGCACAAUGCAGAUGGGCCAGAUGCCCCCAUCUCUGGAGAGUCAGUCCCAGGGGGUGCCCACCACCAUCCCCCCAGCCCCACUGAUGCCCACACCCCACUCCUGGUGACCGAGGCUGAGGUGGACACAGUGGACCAGGCCCUGCUGACGCUGGUCCUCCGGGAGCCCAUCCCUGUGUGGGUGUCCUGCGGGGAGGCCUUUCAACCGCCACAGGUUGUGAAACAAAGGGAGAGAGAGAAGGCAGUUCUCUGGAUGAAGAAGGGGAAGCUGUGUGUGGAUCUGGAGAUCAGAAGACACAAGAUGAGGCAGCAGAAAGCGUGGUUGCCACCCAGGCACAUCUCACAAACAGAUGGAGGGGCCUCCGAGACAACAUCUGAGCUCAACAAUUCCCAGACAUGCAUUAGUGUGGAGGAGUCGAUGUGGGAAGAGGACUGCAGGCCUCUCCGCAGAGCCGCCCCUCGUACCCUGUACCACCGGCCCCAGGUGAAGAGGGUGCUGGUGCACUGCAACGGCGGGGACGUUACCGAAUCAAUGUUUGUCUGGGGAAGGACAAUUGAUGAGCUGCUGAUGUGCAGCACGGAGAGGCUGGGCCUGUCCAGGCCAGCCAGCGUGCUGUACACGGCUGUGGGAGAGGCCAUCACCUCCUGGGAGCACAUCCAGAGGGACGCUGUGCUGUGUGUGUCAGCCGGAGAACCCUUCCUCACACCCAAAGCCUGUCGUGACAGAGUCGAGAUGAAGGCUAACUUUGCCCGCGCUAUGAGGCACCAUCGCCAAGCUGCGGAGAACAGUCCAGCGGCCCGCCUGAGGGAGCCACAACAAGCCAUCAGUAUAACUGCAGAAGAAUGAAGUCAGCAUUGCAGUUACAAUCUGACAGCGUGAACAAAUGAAUGCAUCCACAAAGGUGAUUCAGUGGUUCCAACUGAUUUUUAUACAGUAUAUCAGCUAUAGUUUUACUUUUUACCAUGGAAAUCAACCAAGUGUUAUGCAUAAGUACACAUCAAAGUAUGUUCAAUCUUUUGACAAUACAAUGCAGUAGAGGUUGCAGUGUUUGAAACUUGUUGUGAUAUGCUUACAAAUCGUUCCCUGAAAGUGAAAGCAAUUGUGCCUGAGGAGGUUAGAGUAGAGGGGACAUCAGUGGUUAAAUUCAAUAGCACACCAAGAUGCCAUUUUUCCGUUAUUAAACUUUAGAACAUGUCAUCCUGAAACUAUCCAAUAAUUCUGUAGUUUCUGUCGACCUACAGGCUAGAAACCUUACUUAUAGUGUGGUUGCACUGAAGGGCAGCAUGGCAAGAAGUGUCUCACAAUGUUGGAAGUUGAUGUACUAUUGAAACGACAUUGGAAACAUUAUGCUGCUAAGAUACGCAAUUACUGUUGCAGACUUCUCUGACUCACCACCACCACUAAAUCAAUUAACAUUAGUUUUGUUUAUCGGGAUUUGGGUAUGUGAGCUAAAUUGCUUGGGUUUGAGCCCUCUUAAGCAUCUUGAAAUGAUUUAAGUGUUUGAAUGAAACCCAAUUGGAUUAUGUGAAAUUGCACUCGAUGUUUAUGCUGUCGCUAUAGCAGAAAACUUGCCCGCAGGGUGGAGUUUCAUGUUCUAGAGAGCGAUGCCCUUACGUAUGGCUUGUUGUUGACAAUCAAUCGUGUGAUAAACAGCGAUGAAAGAAGCAUUAAGAAUGUUUUCUCUUGUGAGAUGAUGCUAUGUGAAUGUCCUGCAUGAAAAUUCCAUAGAUGAAGUGCCCAAGGUGGGGUAUGUUAAAAUUAAAAAAGACAAAGACUGACUGUGUGAUAUGCCAAUCUGUGUCUGAUUUUAUGGAAUAGGCUAUGUUGGAUCAUUUAGACAUCGAUCAUUAAAAUCUCCUGUGUGUCUGACUCAUGAAACACUAUAUUUCACAUGUGAAAUAUGACCUCAGCUAUGCAUUGAUUUCAUUUGCGUAGGAUACCACAGGCCAGAUUUUGAAAAUCAAUUAGCCUAAGAUAAUUUAAACAGAUUGUCUGUAAACUUGUGUCUGUAAGCCUUUAUUGCAUUUCUCAAUUAAAUAUAUCAGAGUGGAGAAAAUGUUGGUUAUUAAGUUCCGAUCAACAAACGGUGGACAUUUCCAGUGAACGGCUAGCGAUUGGCAUGACAGUGUUGAGAUGAUAAUAGUAUCUGUGUUUUGCUGGAGGGUAAACUGUAACGUCAAAGCCUGAUCACAAACACAAUGUGCAGCC